GGCACGUGAGCGCAUACAGAAAACUUUGUUAGCUGACGGCUAACUUAGCUCCAUCGUCUCUUCAGAAAUGUCAGUGGCUUGAAACAGCGCGACACAAAUGGCCAGAGAUAUGGAUUGCCCUGAUAAGGAAGAUGGAGCCAUGUGCAGAUUGUCCGCUUCAAUGCUGCUGAACAGCAAAAGUGAAAUUGCGGUUCGGGUGCAGCAGUUCCUGGAGGAGAGGAUGCAGACCACCAUGCUCACAGGUGUACUGAUUGGAGCUGCUGUCGCAGUGUCUCUUAUUGGCAUUGUCGUACUCUUCCUAUACAGAAGAUUCAAGCUUGCUCGUAAACAGCAGCCUGGUGUACCUCAGUAUCGCUUCAGAAAAAGAGAUAAAGUGCUCUUCUAUGGAAGGAAGAUAAUGCGAAAGGUCCAAACAUUGUCUUUGAUUCCUCCCCCUUCGUCGACCUCAGUAUCAAAGCAACCACAGCGCAUCCGCAAAAGAACUAAAGUUCUAAGCAUAGCUCGCAAAAUCCUUAGGAUCCGUAAAGACCCUCCCAUCCUGCAGCCUAAGGAACCCCCUCCCUCACUGCUGGAGGCUGACCUGACAGAGUUUGAUGUGCAGAGCUCAAACCUGCCCUCUGAGGUCCUCUACAUGCUGAAGAAUGUCAGGGUCUUGGGUCAUUUUGAAAAGCCCCUCUUCCUGGAGCUUUGUCGCCACAUGGUGUUUAUUGAGCUGCAAGAAGGAGAAGGUCUGUUUAGGCCGGGAGAUGAUGACGAUAGCAUUUAUGUGGUCCAGGAUGGACGACUCCAGCUCUGCAUUCAAGAGAGUGAUGGUACAGAACCAGUUGUGAAGGAUGUGCUCCCAGGAGACAGUGUCCACAGCCUGCUCAGUAUUUUGGACAUCAUUACUGGUUAUCCAGCUCCAUAUAAGACAGUGUUGGCACGGGCUGCAACUCAUUCCACCAUUUUACGCUUACCUGCAUCGGCCUUUGAAUCCGUUUUCAAGAAAUACCCAGAGACACUUGUGCGCGUCAUUCAGAUAAUCAUGGUGCGGCUCCAAAGAGUCACCUUCUUGGCGUUACAUAACUAUCUGGGUCUAACAACUGAGCUCUUCAAUCCGGUAGGAGGGUCAGACAGAGAGGACAGCCAGGCUGUGGCCUUAACCAAUAUAAACAGCGUUAUGGGGGAGGCAAACACUGGGAAGAAUACUCGUCGUCUUCACUUUCAGGACGAGUUAACAGCUGGGACCACGGACAGCUCUACAGAGACAGAAGGUGGAAAGGACAGCCCUUCAAACAGCUACAGGAAGUUGCGUUCCAUCUCGAUGCCUCCCGAGUGCACAGGUAAUGACCUGAACAUGGCCUGUGAAAGAGCUCGAGUCACGAUAGACGAGGCUCCAUCCGUCCCCAUCAACCUCAAGUCUAGUCUGAAGAAGACUGUGACAAUGCUGCACACGCCCUCUGAAGUGUUUCACUACACAGACAGUGGGGGGCACUCUGACACCAUCCACCUCAGUAAGAGCAGCACAAUCCUCCAUGCUGCUAAGAAGGACCUGCUGGGAAUCAUCCAGCUGCAGGAUCCAACUCUGCUGGAGGGCAGAGUGACACUCCAUCAUGUCAAAGCUGGUUCUGUGGUGGCACGGCAGGGAGACCAGGAGGUGAGCAUCCAGUUUGUGAUUUCUGGCCUACUCCAUGUUUACCAGCGGAUGAUUGACCGCGAAGAGGAGACGCGUCUGUUUGUGACACACCCUGGAGAACUUGUUAGUCAACUGGCGGUUCUGACUGGAGAGCCACUCAUAUUCACUGUCCGAGCUCAGCGAGACUGCAGCUUCCUCUCCAUCUCCAAGACCCACUUCUAUGAGAUAAUGCGUGUGGAGCCAAAGGUAGUGCUGAAUGUUGCCCAUACAGUGGUGAGGAGAAUGUCAUCUUUUGUCAGACAAAUAGACUUCGCUCUCGACUGGAUGGCUGUGGAAGCUGGCAGGGCUGUCUACAGGCAGGGAGAGAAAUCAGACAGCACUUUCAUAGUACUGAGCGGUCGACUGCGCUCUGUAAUCAUGAAGGAGGAUGGCAAGAAGGAGCUGAUAGGAGAAUAUGGACGCGGUGACCUGAUUGGAGUGGUGGAAGCACUGACCCAUCAGAAUCGAGCCACCACGGUGCACGCUGUACGAGACUCUGAGCUGGCCAAGCUACCAGAGGGAGCACUCAGCUCCAUCAAGAGGAAAUUUCCCCAGGUCGUCACCAGAUUGAUCCACUUACUUGGACAGAAGAUCCUCCAGCAGGUCAAUGGUCCUUUGACAGCUCGCAGCCUGGCUCUCCACACCCCAGGCAGUAAAUGGGAUGCAGGGAACCAAGCAUCCAAUCUGUCAACUGUGACGGUCCUGCCUGUAUCGGAGGAGGUACCUCUCACUGCCUUCACCCUGGAGCUACAGCAUGCACUUCUUGCAAUAGGCCCCACUCUCCUGCUGACCAGUGAUAUAAUCAAACAGCGACUUGGAGCUGCAGCUCUAGACAGUGUCCACGAGUAUCGUCUGUCCAGCUGGCUGGGCCAACAGGAAGACAUCCAUCGUAUAGUUCUUUACCAGACAGACUACACACUGACCCCAUGGACACAGCGGUGCAUACGCCAGGCCGACUGCAUCAUCAUUGUGGGAGUAGGGGAGCAGGACCCUGCUGUUGGGGAGCUGGAGCGUAUGUUGGAAGGAAGUGCUGUGCGAGCCCAGAAGCAGCUGGUGCUGUUGCACAGAGAAGAUGGCCCCCCACCCAAAGGAACUGUGGAAUGGCUGAACAUGCGAAGCUGGAUUUCCAGACACCUCCACCUCUCCUGUCCCCGAAGGGUGUUUUCUAAGAGGAGUCUGCCCAAACUGUUGGAGUUGUAUCAACGUGUGUUUGAGAAGCCAGCAGACCGACACUCUGACUUCUCGCGCCUGGCUCGAGUACUCACAGGAAAUGCUAUUGCCCUUAUUCUCGGAGGAGGAGGAGCCAGGGGUUGUUCCCAAGUGGGAAUAAUGCGAGCUCUCUGCGAAGCUGGCAUCCCAGUGGACCUCAUUGGUGGUGUUUCGAUUGGUUCCCUGAUGGGGGCGCUAUAUUCUGAGGACCGCAGCCACAGCCGCAUGAGGAUGAGGGCCAGAGAAUGGGCAAUGGAAAUGACAUCAGUGUUUAAGAAGAUUCUUGACUUAACUUACCCAGUCACCUCCAUGUUUUCCGGGGCUGCCUUCAACUCCAGCAUCAGCAAUGUCUUCAAGAGUAAACAGAUUGAGGAUCUUUGGAUCCCAUAUUUCAAUAUCACAACCGACAUCACUGCCUCAACAAUGAGAGUGCACACUGAUGGCUCCCUGUGGCGAUACGUCCGUGCCAGCAUGUCCCUUUCAGGAUAUCUGCCUCCUCUCUGUGACCCCAAAGAUGGACACCUACUGAUGGACGGAGGCUACAUCAACAACUUGCCUGCUGAUGUUGCGCGCUCCAUGGGGGCCAAAGUGGUGAUAGCUAUUGAUGUGGGCAGCCGAGAUGAAACCAACCUCACUAAUUAUGGCGACUCGCUCUCAGGCUGGUGGCUGCUAUGGAAACGUCUCAACCCCCUGGCUGAGAAAGUAAAGGUGUUGAACAUGGCGGAGAUUCAGACACGGCUGGCCUACGUGUGUUGCGUGAGGCAGUUGGAGUCUGUGAAGAACAGCGACUACUGCGAGUAUAUAAGACCGCCAAUUGACCGAUACCGAACACUGGAGUUUGGAAAGUUUGAUGAAAUUGCGGAGGUGGGUUACCAGCAUGGCAAGACUGUGUUUGACGUUUGGAGACGCAGUGGAGUGGUGGAGACGAUGUUGAAAGACUGGCACCAGGAGGAGUUCCACAACACUCAGUGCAAGAACCAUGUAAAGUUGAAAAGAGAAAGACCCCAUGAGGUUUUCUAAUAGAAAUCAAUAGUCGUCAAUAGUUGUCGGUAUCAAUUUAGAUUCUGAUCACAACUUUCAACGUUUUUAUCAGCAAGAACUGAAAUAAAAACAACAAAAUAAUGCAGGAAAAAUCCAUUAAUUCAGUCAAAACUCUGCAGUACUACCAUAUUAUGCCAAGUAAGCAAGUGUGUGCCCUUAGUCUCUUAUAUUUGUGACUGUUGCAUACAUUUUUAUAACCUAUGUGAGGAAAAACUAGGGAUGGGAUAAUAGCACUUUUGUGUCCGAUACUGAUAUCACAAACUCGAGUAU